AUGGAUGCCGGAAAUCUUGGCCCGGUAUCCUCAGUCUUGGUAACAUUAGAAGAGCUUCCCAGAAGAGCUUUAGGAACAAAAGUACGAUUUUUGGGCUGCGUGUCACAAUACCUGGUCCCUUCGGCGACUCUGGUUGUAGAUCGUGGCCGCAAAUCAAUUGAAUCAUCCUCAUGCGUAGCAUACGUGGAUGUGGGGCUUGUUCUAUCUUCUCUUCGAGCCACAGAUAUCCAAGUCGGCGAAUGGAUUAAUAUUAUCGGCUACAUAUUGGCCGCACCGACGCGACCGGACACUCAGAAAUUCAAUGACUACGCUGGAAAAACAGUAUUUGUGCAAGCUAUCAUGCUUUGGUCUGCAGGAUCAAUCAAGACUGGGGAAUAUGAUCGAAUAUUGCAGGAGCGAAAGGAAGCGGAAAGGCUAUCAUAA